AUGGUUGUCAGUCAUAAUUGUGAUUCGAGCGACGACGAUGAUCGUGGUGGCGACGGCAGCUGCAUGGCUUCCAAACCCCGCACUGUUGAAGAAAUCUUCAUGGAUUAUAGAGCUCGAAGAACCGCUAUUAUUCGCGCUCUCACUCACGACGUUGAUGAAUUUUACGGACUCUGUGAUCCAGGUAAGGAUAACUUGUGUCUCUAUGGCCAUCCAAACGGGGCCUGGGAAGUAACUCUGCCGUCGGAGGAAGUUCCGCCGGAGCUCCCUGAGCCAGCUCUUGGAAUCAAUUUUGCCAGGGACGACGUGAGCCGCAAGGACUGGCUUUCUCUGGUUGCUGUGCAUAGUGACUCAUGGCUUCUUUCUGUGGCCUUUUACCUUGGAACUCGUCUUAACCACAAUGAAAGAAAACGUUUAUUUGGUUUGAUCAAUGGUCUUCAAACCGUUUUUCAAGUUGUGACUGGCAAUAAACCAAUUAAGGAGAAGCCCACCAUGGAUAGUGUGACCAAAUCUGGUGUAAGCAUCGAGGGAACUGUGAUGAGAAAUGAUCAUGUUAGAAUAUUUUGUGGAAGCUGUGGUGAAAAAUACAAUGGAGAUGAACUUUGGAUCGGGUGCGACGUAUGUGAGUGGUGGUACCAUGGGAAGUGCGUUAUGAUCAAUCCUGCAAAGGCUGACACCCUAAAGCGCUAUAAAUGUCCAUCAUGCUGCUUGAGGAGGAGCAGGUUGCUCGAGGAGAAGGAAAAGAAACUUCCGCCGAAAUUCACUGAAAAAUACGGAGAUAGUAUGUCAAACCCUGUGUUUCUCAAGCCUCCAGAUGACACUGAAUGGAAAAUAUACUGGACCAAGCAUGAUGAUGAUAUUUGGUUUCAAAAAGGUUGGAAGGAGUUUGAAACCUACUAUUCUCUAAAUCAUGGCCACUUGUUGUUCUUUCAAUAUCAAGGAACAGCUCAUCUUAAUGUGCAUAUAUUUGACAAUAGUGCUGUUGAAAUAGACUAUCCUCCCUUCAGUACUCAUGAUGCGAUGGACAAUCUUGCUGAGAUUGACGAUGAUUGUGUUGAAAUUUGGGAUGGACAAUUUUCUUGCCAAAAGACUAGAGUGAAAUCAACAGUGUCAUCUCCUAAACCUUGUAAGAAAAUGAAGAAUAGCUUAAGUACAACUACAAUUGUUGAAAGGUUCGGUAAUGGAGUAAACUUGCAUAAACAUGCCCAAAGUGUAAGUAAAAGAUCUCAGAAGACAUCAUCUAUGAAGCAAAAUUUAGAUGGUGGAACUUCAAGUCAAAGAUCUUCACAGUUGGAAAGCCACUUCAAUUCAGGGAUCAUAACAGACAGACCUCUUAAAGAAGCUUGCAAAUUCACAUCAGAAAAUCCUUUUUGCAUGGUCACUUUAACUCUAAAUCGAACGUUAAUGGUAGCUGAUCCCCGGUAA